GGUUCCCAUUGAUCUCUAUGGGGCUCCCAUUGAUCCCUAUGGGGUUCCCAUUACUCUCCCCCCAUUGCAGUUGCUCCGUGUUCCUGUUGGACCGGCACAGCCACGAGCUGGUGGCCAAAGUGUUCGAUGGCGGCGUGGUGGACGAUGAGAGCUAUGAGAUCCGGAUCCCGGCCGAUCAAGGCAUUGCUGGACACGUUGCCACCACGGGGCAGAUCCUGAACAUCCCGGACGCGUAUUCGCACCCGCUGUUCUACAGGGGGGUGGACGACAGCACCGGCUUCAGGACCAGGAACAUCCUCUGCUUCCCCAUCAAGAACGAGAGCCAGGAGGUGAUUGGGGUUGCGGAGCUGGUCAAUAAGAUCAAUGGCCCCUGGCUUACAGCUAAAUUACGAUCAGGACUUUGCGCCACACGCUUUCUCCACUCUACCUGCGGGAGAAUCAGCAUCGCACACAGUGAACGUAAUAUUGGGCGGUGCUGCGGUGUGCGGUACCGCAGCCACAACUCCUUGGCCAACGAAAAGAUGAUGAUGUACCACAUGAAGGUGUCAGACGACGAGUACUCGAAGCUGCUGAGCGAGCGCAUCCCGGCCGUGGUUUCCAUCCACCCCGACUUCUCGGCCUUCAGCUACACGCCCCGAUCGCUGCCCGAGGACGACACGUCCAUGGCCAUUCUGAGCAUGCUGCAGGACAUGAACUUCAUCAGCACAUACAAGAUGGACCGGGGAACCCUGACCAGGUUCUGCCUGAUGGUGAAGAAGGGUUACCGGGACCCCCCGUACCACAACUGGAUGCACGCCUUCUCGGUGUCGCACUUCUGCUACCUGCUCUACAAGAACCUGGAGCUCAGCAACUACCUGGAGGACAUUGAGAUCUUCGCGCUUGUUCAUCUCGGUGUAUGUGCCACGACCUGGAUCAUCGCCGGGAUCCAAAACUCGUUCCGGGUCUGGCGUCGGUCAGUGACGGGCACAGGGGGGGUUAUGGGGUCCGAUAGGGUGUUAUAG